AUGGCGUACUUUGGUUUUGAUAGAACCGCUAUAGAUUGGUUUGCAAGCUAUUUAUCUAAUAGAAGACAAUCAGUGGAAUUAAUAGGUGAAGAUGGUACCAUAGCUUGUUCACCUUGUUGUCCAGUAACACGAGGCUUGCCCCAAGUUAAAAUGGCUGCAAACACUUUUACCCUGUCAGUGUUAGCCGUGCUAAUCAUUUCAGUGGGUGUCAGCGCCAAACGAGGCUGCUCCUCAUUUGGACAUUCCUGUUUCGGGGGACACGGAAAGAGAUCUGAUUCUGGAAUGGAUAAUGAGCUGACCCGUCAGCAGGCUGGUCAGGAGGAGAUUCCCCCACACCCUGGCUACCCGCACUCUUAUAUACUGCCUGAUGACGUCAUACCCAUUAGGGAUGGAGGCAAGUUGAAUAGUCAUAGUUGUGUCUUCGACCGCGAGGAAAACAAUGCUAGAGAUGUGGUCAAGAUGAAGCUGCAUAAUUUACUGAAGUACUGGAUGGACAAUUACCGAAGGUCAAGAUUGAACGACGAAGAUGGAUACGUGAUCGGUUCUUUGUAA